UCUCGCAUCGUCAACACGAUUUGUUAAUAGCCGAUAAUUUGCUACACAAAAGCUUAACGCUUAACGUGGACAGCGAGCUGGAACCUUUGGCAGAUUGCUGUGAUUAAAUGCUAAAGACUUUAUUAAAAUUAAAUUAUCAUUUAUCAGUCCACUUAUCUGUGCUAUUUUUACUAGUAUAAAUAGUUUCGUGCUUUGCGCUGCGAUUGCCUUGCGUGUAGCGCGUUUUUAUAGAUAUUUUUUUAUUAACGUUUUUAUCUGCUCAAAGUCAGGAUAGUGAACGAAAUGCUAAAGGAGAAAUUGCAAACUAUUUCGCGACAUUUUUUCAAACGCGUCCUUGAAGCGAAGGGCUAUCCUUCAGCAGUUCUUUUACAUUACUUUUCUGCUCAAGCCCCCGCUGUUGUCAAAUCACACAACUAUCACCCGGCGCACCUGCACCACAUCGGCAAAAGUCCGUUAGUUUAUCGGAAUGUUGGACAGCAACUGGAAAGAGCAGCGGCCAAAUAUGGCAGUGCGGAAUCUAUUGUUUCAUGCCACGAAAAAAAGCGCUACACAUACCAAAGCCUCCUGGAGGAAGUCGAUCGUGCGGCUGCUGGUUUGCUGAAACUUGGUUUGAAGCCCGGAGAUCAUGUGGGUAUUUGGGCGCCCAACAACAUGCACUGGUACCUGACGAUGAUGGGUGCUGCACGCGCUGGCUUGGUGUCGGUCGGCAUAAAUCCGGCUUUUCAAGGACCCGAAAUUGAGUAUUGCCUGAAGAAGGUUAAAGUGAAAGCGCUCAUAAUGCCGGAAACAUAUAAGACGCAAAAUUAUUAUGAAAUUAUAAAACGCAUUUGUCCAGAGAUUUCAGACAGUUCUGAUGGGUGCAUAAAAAGCAUCAACUUGCCUCACUUAAAACACGUCAUUAUCGACUCACGGAAUAAGCUGAAAGGCGCACUCAGUUUUGAUGAUUUGCUUGGACUGAGCAACCCAGCCGAGCGUGAGGAUAUCUCUAAGUUGCAGCGCCAUAUAGUGCCAGACAGUGGCUGUAAUGUGCAAUUUACCUCCGGCACCACCGGACAACCGAAAGCCGCUGUGCUGUCACAUUACAAUUUCGUGAACAAUGGCAUACACAUCGGCAAUCGUAAUCAGCUGGACAGCAAUUCACGCAUUUGCGUGCAAGUGCCGCUAUUCCAUGCCUAUGGUGUGGUCAUUACGAUUAUGGCCGCCAUGUCACAAGGAAGCGCACUAGUUCUGCCAGCAGCUGGAUUUAGUCCCGCCGACUCGCUACACGCCAUUGUGGAUGAGAAAUGUACUGUUAUACAUGGCACGCCCACAAUGUACGUUGAUCUCAUCAAGAAGCAGCGAGAGCUGCAACUGCCCUUGAAAACGGCAAAAAUGGCUAUUACUGGUGGGGCCGCGUGUUCACCACAACUUUUCCUAGAUAUCCAAAAUGUGCUUGGAUUGGAUCACGUGCGUACGGUGUUCGGCAUGACUGAAACCACUGCAUGUAUAUUUCAGUCGCGUCCCGGUGAUAGUAUGGAGCAAAUUUUGAAUACCGUUGGCCAUCUGCAGGAUCAUGUGGAAGCCAAAGUGAUCGAUGCUCAGGGUAAAACCGUGUCUUUCGGCGAGUGUGGCGAACUGUGCGUGCGUGGUUAUGCAACAAUGUUGGAAUACUAUGACGACGAGGCGAAAACAAAAGAGACCAUUGGACGUGACAAGUGGCUUAGGACUGGCGAUCAAUUCAUUCUGCAGGAAGAUGGCUAUGGACGUGUUGUGGGGCGCCUAAAGGAGAUGAUCAUACGGGGUGGCGAGAAUAUAUUCCCCAAAGAAAUUGAAGAUUUCCUCAACACACAUCCGCAAAUUUGCGAAACUCAUGUGAUUGGCGUACCUUGUGAGCGUAUGGGUGAGGAAGUGUGCGCUUUCGUACGUUUGCAUGAUAGUGCCACGAAGUUGACGCGCGACGAGAUCAAGGAAUUCGCCAAAGGAAAGUUGGCGCACUUUAAGAUACCCCGUUAUGUGAUACCCAUUAAAGAAUUUCCCAAGACCACGUCGGGUAAAAUACAGAAAUUCAAACUCCUCGAAGCAUAUAACAAAGAGCACAAGGCAAAAUGAGGGACACGAAAUUCUAAUUUUUAUAAAAAAAAAUAA